AUGUCGCAAGCCUCCAUCGCCUCCACCUCAAACAACCGAAUCAUGUGCUACUGUGGGCUCCCGAGUCGGAUUCGAGUCUCCACGACACCACAAAAUCUGGGGAAAAGGUUCAGAACGUGCCCUAAUUCGUUGAGAGUAGGAAGAAAGUGUGGAUUUUGGGAAUGGGAUGUUGAAGAUCCGGUCACAGAGGAGCUUUUGGGUCCUAAAGUGGAUCUUGGUCUUGGAGUUGCAGAAAUGGAUCUUGGUCUUGCAGAAGUGGAUCUUGGAGUUGCAGGAGUGGAUCUUGGUCUUGGAGUUGCAGGAGUGGAUCUUGGAGUUGCAGAAGUGGAUCCUGGAGUUGGAAUUGGAGCUGGAGUGGAAGAUCCAGGAUCACCUGUUGUUGGAAUGCUUUUUGUUGGGCACCUAUUUUUUUAUGCCCACUAA